AUGCCUCCUCUUCCUCCCCCGAAAAAGUCUCCCUUCCCGCUAUUUUCCAACAAGAUGUCCUAUCACGAAAACCCAUUUUUCGAAGCGACUCUCCACGAAACACACCCCUAUGUCCCCUAUGCUCCUGCUCGACCACAAAAACAAUAUCUAGCGAUUCCUGCUGUUCCAUCUGGUGCACCAAUGCAACCUAUCAGCUCACAUCUAUCAGAGCCUCCUUUGCUCCUGAUUCUUUUUGUAUGUGUUUUGGUUGCUGGCUAUGCGUACCGGAUGUUUGCGCGCAAUUCUUGUGGCUGUGGGGCGCACAAGACGAGAUAUAGUACCGAGAAGGCGGCUACAUACAAGGAAACUGUUGGAGAGCCGGACUUGGAUUUGGAGAUGGAGCAUCAUAGAGGAGUUCCAGCGCCGGGCAUAAAGCAGUUAUUUUGGGCUUGUUCAGAUUUUGGAAAUAGGGCAUCAAAGAAGAUUAUCAGCGAGAACAUGUUUGCGACUACGCAACCUAGCGACAAUGUGGACAGAGAGGACUAA